AUGGGGCACAGCUGGGCAGACAUACGAGCCAUCGGGGCCGUGCCAUGCGAUGCCAAUUCCCAGCCCUGGCAGGUCGGUCUGUUCUCCCUCACCCGCCUCUUCUGCGGGGCGACGCUGGUUCGGGACCGCUGGCUGCUGACUGCCGCGCAUUGUCGCAAGCCGUACCUGUGGGCCCGCCUUGGGGAGCAUCACCUGUGGAAAUGGGAGGGUCCUGAGCAGCUUUUCCGGGUCACAGACUUCUUCCCCCACCCGGGGUUCAACGCCGACUUAAGUGCCCACGACCACAACCAUGACAUCAUGCUGGUCCGCCUGCCCAGGAAUGCCCGCCUGAGCCCCGCCGUGACGCCCCUCAACCUCAGCCGCACCUGCGUGUCCCCCGGCACCGAGUGCCUCAUCUCGGGCUGGGGGGCCGUGUCCAGCCCCAAGGUGAAGUACCCGCUCACGCUGCAGUGCGCCAACAUCAGUAUCCUGGAGCCCAGGCUGUGCCGGCGGGCCUACCCAGGCCACAUCUCAGACCAGAUGCUCUGCGCAGGCCUCUGGGAGGGGGGCCGAGGCUCCUGCCAGGGCGACUCCGGGGGCCCCCUGGUGUGCGACGGCGUCCUGGCAGGCGUGGUGUCCGGGGGCGCCGAACCCUGCUCCAGACCCGGCCGCCCCGCCGUCUACACCAGCGUCUGCCACUACGUGGACUGGAUCGAGGACACCAUAAAGAAAGAAGAAAAGAAGGAGAAAGACUGA